GUGAUUUAUCUCUAACUACUGCAUUUUUGUUUGUGAAAAUUAGGUUCAGUUCUUCAUUCGUCUUGAAUAUGAACAAAGAUUUACAAGGGAAACUCCACAGAUGCCACUUCUCUUUUCAUCUGAUGUUUUGCCGUGAGUGUCAGAGUGUUGAUAAGGAAAGCAAUCGACAGACGGUAUUUCUUUAUGACCAGGGAGCGUAGAUCAGAUCAUUUCUCACCCAUCAAACACAAGAUAUUCUGAACAAAUCAUAUACCAGACUGCAGAUAAGAUUUUACUCUUCUGAAUGGUCUAUAAAAAGCUUUAUUUUAUUAUUACUUUUAUAACAUUUUCAACGAGCAGAAAAAGAAUUUUUCCAAAUGCUGUCCCAAAACAUUCUUGACGUCCUAAAUUUGACGAUUUCAGUUUUUCAACGCAGUAUUUGAGAAGACUUAUGGUCGGAAAUAAUAAUAAUAAAUUUGUGCGUUACAACAUGUCUUUAAGAUGUUGUAAACAAAAUCAGAUUUUAAACUGCCUCAACUCGUACCUAAACUUUAUACCUCAAACUUCCAUUUCCUUCGGAAAUCGGACAUGUCCCUGGAAGUUUCCACCAUACAUUGCCUACAUAAAUGACGACGAUCAGGUGUCGAAGAAAGCACUAUUCCAGUAACUACGGUAAUUCAAUUGUACAACUCUUGUCAAUACAAUCGUUUCUAUGUAUUUUCUUUUAGAGAUUAUAUGUGCAGAGGAGAAGAAGAACAAGAGAAUUUUCCAUACUAGCCGUUUUUCCCAGCGAUAUGUUGAUGGAUAAGAACGACAAUAUGACUCAAGAAGAUGUACACUAGGAAAUAUACGUUCUCUUUUCUAAUUGCAAUAAUUACUUGAUAGCGGAAUUUUCCCCAAUCGAACUAUACUGCCUUAUAUAGACAAGAGCUUCAUCAUAACCAUCAUGCUAAUAAACAUAUCAUGCCUCCAAGUAAGAAAUUUGAACGUUUUCUUAGUCAACCUGAUAGUAAUGGUAAACGAAUUAAACUUUCUCGAUCAAAUUCAUUGCAACAUGUCACUCCUUGUGGAAAAAUUGCUAUUAUUGGCGUUGGAUCGCGUGGUUUAAGUAUUCUAGAGCGUCUGACAGCCAUUUAUGAUGAACAACCUCGUUAUUAUGAAUUGGAUAUUUAUUUAAUUAAUCCUGGACGGUAUCAUGGUCAAGGUGUUCACUCGUCAGAACAAAGUGACAAUUUAUUAAUUAACACAGUAGCAUGUCAAGUGACUAUGUUUGGUGAUGAAUCAGUGCUCAAUUGUGGACCAAUGAGAAAGGGGCCAUCACUGUUUGAAUGGGCUAAAA